GUACCUCUUGAAAAACUCCUAUAAUGUCUUCUAGGGUUUUUUAGCGUCUGAACUUUUAGCAUAAUAUAAUCUCUGAGAUCCCAGACUACUUGCCAAGUUGCUAUCUGGGGAAGACGUUAGGAGUCUACAGCGCAGGAUCCAGUGUGUAGGUUUCGUCACCUCUUUUAUUUGCAAAACUGUUUGGAAUUCGUAAUUAGAGAGCCAAGGAUGUCGGGGAAGGAUCAGGAGUAUCGCAUAUUCAUCGGUGGGCUGUCGUGGGACAUCACCGAGCGUCAGCUCGAAGAUGCUUUUAGCCGUUUCGGGAAAGUCGUCGACAGUCAGGUAAUGCUGGAAAGAGACACACACCGUCCUCGUGGUCAAUUGUUCCGGGUUGGAUCCUACCCCCCUCUACCACACCUGGUACCACCGAUACCGCUUCCCAUGAGAAGACCACCACCUUCCCUGUCGAUGUCACCACCUCCAAUGUCGUCUGGCGGUAGGGGGGGAAGCUAUGGGGGGCUGGAUAGGUCUUCAGGGCAGGAUACUUGUUUCAGGUGUGGUCGUCCAGGCCACUGGGCCCGAGACUGCCCAUUAGAAGGUGGUGGUGGUCGAGGUGGCCGCCCAUUGACACCUCCCCCACGGUCCAGGUUUGGUGGUCGUGGUGAUCGCUUUGGCAGUGAUCACCGUGAUAGAUACGUGGAAGAUCGCUAUGAUAGAGGUCACUAUAGCGACAGGGGAGAUCGUCUGGAUAGUAGAGACGACCGCUAUGGGAACCGUGAUCGGUAUGUUAGUGACAGGUAUGCUGCUAUUGGAGACCGGUUUGCAGGCAAUAGAUAUGGAGGCGCAGACCGUUUCGCUUUGAAUGGAAGCUAUGGGAAAGAGAGGGUGGUGUAUGGCCGUGAUGGAGGAGGGGGUGGAAGAGUGAGCAGCGACAGAUAUGCAGCUGGAGCAGGUGGGCCAGCGCGUUAUGAGGGGGGCAGAAGCUACAGGGACAGCCGGGCAGGACCUUAUGACCGCCCUAGAAGGGGCGGUCAGUCUCCCUCCUUUGCUGACCGCUAUUGAAGCCUUCAAUUGCCGUCUGUGUUGAACCAGACUCUUUCGGUAAGUGGAAAUGUCAAGUCCUCUGUUAGUUGUGUGAGAUUUAAUAGUAACUGAAGGAGUUUAUUUCAUAGCACUGUGGUUUCCCUUUUUCUUUGAAGGCUAGUUUGGAUGUGUACUUUUGCGAACAUCAUAGGUUGUUUUUGGUGGGCAUUAAUUUGUUCCGAAACCGGAUCAUGAUGAGCUUAGGCAUUUUGAGUACUCUUGGUACCAUGCUGGCUGAAUGGGUGUUAUAGGAGUAAUUUGAAUUGAGUAAGCAUUGUACCAAAUGCUGAUAGUUGUGACUUGUGAGUAGGGGGUGAAAGCCCGAAAGCUGUCAUUUUUGGGAGGGCUUGCAAGGCACAAAGAUAAGGGUUGAGUUUUGUGUUUGGUAACAAUGCGUGGAAACCUUUCGUUUAAUAAACGAUCGGGUUUUGG